CAGAAACUCGAUCCGGGGCGAGAAUUUCAAAGUUUCCUCUUUCGCAUUCCCUCCGGCCGUCCUUUCUUAUUUUUUUAAUUUUUUUGCGGUAUAAAAAGCUUCAAAACUCGAAUAUCCAAUUCUCUUCGUCCUCUCCAGUUUUUAAUGGACUCACCAUCCUCUCCGAGAUCUGAAUCUUCAUCUCCUUCUUCUUCCGCUGAGACAUGACGUCAUCAUCAUCUUGUUCUCUCACUCUCCUCCGGCACCUCUCUCCUCUCCAACUCUCUCGCUCCCGCCACUGCUCCCCCUCGCUCUGCACCGCCAUUCUCCGCCGAUCCGUUUCGGCCUUUUCGUUCGGGAGCUCCGGUGUCCGAUACGAUCUUCAGUUGAUUCGGCGGAGAAAUGGGCGCCAAUUCCGAUACAAUUCUGUUGAUUUCGGGUCUUUUGAUUCGGAAGCAGCUGAUAUAGCACCACUUGAUGAUUGGGGGGGCGGCCAUGAAGACUCUACAGGGUACAUAAUGUAUUCCAGCGGUGAAGAUAGUGAUGGAGAGUUCGUAGUAACUCCCGUAGCUGAUAUUGAUUUGCCUGCCAUCACUGUAUCAACUGAUGAUGCUAUGACUGUCACUGCUCAUCGGCUUGCAAUGCUUGGAAGGCAGCGUAGGAAACACAGGGUUAGACAUGGAGUAUUACUCAAUAUGGGACUGAUACUGUUCUUAGUGGUGUUACUUUUAUAUGUGGAUUCGUGUGCAUGGAGGAUUGUUAGACUACCUUUGGCCCCAUUUCACUUGACCUGCCCUUUUUUUGUAUCAGCCGUUUUAGCUUCAUGCGCAGGAUAUGUUUGUGUUCCCCUACUCUAUGUUUUGAAGAUUCGUCAAAUUAUCAGAAAAGAAGGGCCUGCUAGGCACUCCUUAAAGAAAAGAACUCCCACGAUGGGUGGAUUAUUUUUUAUACCAAUUGGUGUAAUUGUUGCAAAAUUUAUUGCCGGGUUUUCUUCUGUUGAAGUUUCUGGAGCAGCUGCAGCAACUCUUGCGUUUGCUGCAAUUGGUCUGCUUGAUGAUAUCUUAAGCCUCGUCAAGAGACAUAACACUGGUUUAUCUGCAUGGACAAAAAUUAUUUUGGAGGUAGCUGUUGGGACCUGGUUUUCGUAUUGGUUGCAUACUGCAAAUAUAUCAUCACCCUAUGGCAUGAAACUGUUGGUUCCUUUACCUGCACUAGGGCUUGUGUUCCUGGGAAAAUGUUAUUUAAUGUUGGCUUCAUUCUGUUUCGUUUCUAUGGGAAAUGGGGUUAACUUAACAGAUGGUCUUGAUGGUCUGGCUGGAGGGUCUGCUGCAUUGGCUUUUGCAGGAAUGUCGAUCGCAGUGCUUCCAAUUUGUUCUGACCUUGCUAUAUUUGGAGCAUCAAUGGCAGGAGCUUGUGUCGGUUUUCUUUUGCACAACCGAUACAAGGCAUCUGUAUUCAUGGGUGAUACCGGAUCCCUGGCACUCGGUGGAGGGUUAGCUGCAAUGGCUUGUUGCACGGGGAUGUUCUUCCCCUUAUUUAUUUCAUCUGGAGUCUUUGUCAUGGAAGCCUCAUCAGUUAUUUUGCAGGUAUUAUACUUCAAGACAACCAAGCGUUUACACGGAGCUGGGCGCCGUCUCUUCCGAAUGGCACCCUUCCAUCACCACCUUGAACUAUGUGGAUUAAAAGAACCAGUCAUUGUUGCUGGUGCUUACGUUAUAUCGUCCACACUGGCGUUGUGUGCUGGUUAUCUCGGCCUCGUUUCUGCAUAGCAUUUGAACGUUGUUACCAUUCUUUGUAGCUAGGAUUUCCUAAAAUUAUCGUUUAUAUGUUUGUUUCUAAUGUUUAUUCUGUAAUUGUUGAGGUUGCUGAGAAAAUAGAGUUCAUAUGUACAAUUCAAACUUGUAUUUGUAUGCCAAACUUUGCUAACGAAAGUGAGAGUAUAAAAUGGGCCGUGCUUAUCUAUAUAGCCCACUUAAGUUGGACUCUCCUGUUUUGGACUUUCAACUUUAUCGCAAGUUACGGAAUACAAAUGUGGACAUUGAACAUUUUGA